AUGGCUCCCUCAACUCCCAAGAAAAUUUCCAAGACCAAGACCAACCCCAAGAAGUUGAUCUUUGACCAGGCCACCCUGGACCAGAAGAUGUACUUCCUCUGGCUUCAUCUUCAGCUGAAGCAGGGCGGCAAGCUCAACCACAUGGCCGUUGCGGAAAAGUUGAACAUCAACUACAAGACUGCCUUCGGACGCUUCGGUCAGAUCAAGAAGUACAUGGAGCAGUACGAGGAGUCUCUGGCAGCACCCACACCAGCUGCAGAUAAAGCCACCGAUGGAGAGGAUGAUUCCGAUAAUGGCGGCCUGAAGAAGGCCUUCGACGAUCUGGACAACAUUUUCUCGAAGGGCGAGUCGCUGCGUUGA